UGACAGUUGAGUUCACUUCUAUGUUCUAAUUAUUAAGUGGACCUACCAUGUGAUAUUCUUGCUCUAUAUAAUAUGAUGAUAUUGUAAACAUUCUUGCAUGUCUUGGAUAUUAUUAGUAUAGUGUUCUCUUUUGUUACAUAGGGUUUGUAAGAGUAGGAGUCAUAUAGAAUGGGUUGUUUAUUAUUUGGCAGUGGUGUUGGGGUUUUAGUUCUCUUGUUUGUGUUUGUUGUGGAAAGUUAUGUGGUGUUUGGUGAUAGGGGAGUUGAAGAUGAUGAGAAGUUUUUAUUUAAGCAUCGUCAUUUUGGUGAUCAUUUUGGUGGGGGUUUAGGACAUGGUAUUUUUAGGAAAGGGUUUAAGCAUGGUGGAGGUCUAGGUUUUGGUGGUGGAGGUGGUGUUGGUGUUGGUGGAGGAGCUGGUGGUGGUAUAGGUGGAGGGGCGGGUGGUGGCUUAGGUGGUGGAGGUGGUCUUGGAGGAGGAGGUGGUGGUGGUCUUGGUGGUGGUGGUGGUGCAGGUGGUGGUUUAGGUGGAGGAGGUGGUCUUGGUGGAGGUGCUGGUGGUGGCUUAGGAGGUGGUGCAGGUGGUGGUCUUGGUGGAGGAGGUGGUGCAGGUGGUGGUGGCCUAGGCGGAGGAGGUGGUCUUGGUGGAGGUGGUGGUCUAGGAGGAGGUGUUGGAGGAGGAGCAGGUGGAGGUAUUGGAGGAGGAGCCGGAGGGGGUGGUGGAAUUGGUGGAGGUGUUGGUGGUGGAACUGGUGGUGGGGGAGGCAUUGGAGGGGGAGCUGGAGGGGGAGGAGGAGCCGGAGGAGGUGCUGGUGGAGGCAUUGGAGGAGGUGCUGGUGGAGGCAUUGGUGGUGGAGCCGGAGGAGGUGCUGGUGGAGGCAUUGGAGGGGGAGGCAUUGGAGGGGGAGCUGGAGGGGGAGGAGGAGCCGGAGGAGGUGCUGGUGGAGGCAUUGGAGGAGGUGCUGGUGGAGGCAUUGGUGGUGGAGCCGGAGGGGGUGGUGGUGUUGGUGGUGGUGGAGGUGUAGGAGGAGGUUUUGGAGCAGGUGGAGGAUUUGGAGUCGGUGCUGGUGUUGGUAUUGGAGGUGGAGCUGGUGGCGGCGGAGGCUUUGGUGGUGGUGGAGGUGGUGGCAUUGGUGGUGGCCUUCAUUGAUCAACAAAGUUUCAAUCAUCUUGCACACAAUAAUUAAGCGGUUAAUAACUUUUAAUUAGUCGUUAUUCUUUUGUGAAACUUGUUAUUCCUAGUAAUUAAACGAGUCCACAUCUAAUCAUACUUAUAUUGUUCUUUUGUUUGUUGUUGAGUUAAAAGCAAAAGCUUUUGUCCAUCUUUGCUUCUAAAUAGCUAUGGACUUUUUAGUUGUAAUGUCAAUCUUGUCAUCAUCAUUAAUAAAUAUAAAAGUUCUAUUCUCAA